AUGAGAGAAAAAUUGUAAUCCCAAUUAAGAAUAUAUUUGUAAUAGUACCUCACCAUGCAUCCAAAGGGUCCAAACAGCUAAUGCAAAGAGCCGAAGAGUAGAAUGAGUUUGAGGGUAGCGUGAGGAUGACUGGAGUAUUCAGAUUCCGAUAAAAAGGCCCCUCUCUCAUCCCAAUUGCUUGCUAUUUUCUCUCUCAAGUUUUCACAGGAAAACUCUAUUUUCCCGCAACCAUUUCCAUCUAUACAUAGCACAAUCCCUAAUCGCCCAUCUGUCACUCAAAUUUCUCAUUCCCUUCAAACCGUCGUCCCGCAAAUUUCCGGUACGGAUACUCAAUUUCAUGUAUUUCCGGUUUCUGAUACGCAGGUAGUUGUUUUUUGAUCAAUAUUUAAUUUAGAAAUGGCAAAGGGAACCAGAGGAAGGCGCAGGAUGAGCUCACGGCAAAGCAGGCCCACCCCAUACUCCUUGCCGUCUGCAAACCAAAAGCAAUGCUCAAAAAAGUGUAAGAAAGACUGGGAAGACGCUACAUGUUCAGUGUGCAUGGAAUGUCCACACAAUGCCGUCCUUCUCCUCUGUUCCUCCCAUGACAAGGGUUGCCGUCCCUACAUGUGUGGGACCAGCUACCGUUACUCAAACUGCCUUGACCAGUACGAGAAAGCCAACACAAAAGUGAAGUCCACAAACCAAUCUGUUCAAAAUACCACAACAGGUCCCAUCCUUUGCCCAGAUUGGCCCGAAGAGAAAUUUGAGAUCACGGAACUCGCAUGCCCACUUUGCCGCGGGCAGGUCAAAGGGUGGGCUGUGGUGGAACCCGCCCGGGAAUACCUGAAUGCCAAGAAAAGGAACUGCAUGCAGGAUGGCUGUCAGUUCAUGGGGAACUAUAAGGACAUGCGGAAGCACGUCAAAACAGAGCACCCUUCCGCUAGGCCCCACGAGAAGGACCCGCUUGUGGAGCAGAAGUGGAGGCGGCUCGAGGUGGAACGGGAACGUGAUGAUGUCAUCAGCACGAUAAGAUCUUCGAUGCCAGGGGCGGUUGUAUUUGGGGAUUAUGUGAUUGAGGGAGGCCCAUUUGGUUACGGUUCAGAUGAGGAUGAUGACGACGAGGUCGGAAUAGAAGGUGGAAAUUUGAUUAAUGUGUUGCGUUUUUUGCAGGCGUUUGGUUCAGCAGGUGGUAAUAUUGUUGGACCAAACAGAGUAGCUCCCGGUGGAGGUUCUGGAAUUGAUCACAACCUUCCAGUUGUUUUUGAUUACUCAGAACAAGAGAGUGAUGAUGGUGAAUAUGAUAAUAGUACGUCGUUGGUAGGGCGGCUUCGCCGUCACAGAGGGAUCCUCUUGGGACGUUCUGGAAGGAGACGAAGGCAUCGGGAGGUCAACAGUGGUGGCCGGAGGUAGAUCACCACUUCUCGUUUUAUUAUUGGAGAGUUGAAAUGGCGAAGGAGAAAAUAAAACAUUCACAAAAAAUUCUAGGGGUGUUGGCUUAAACUUUUGUAUAAUUCAUGUGCAACUAUUAUUAAUAUUAUUAUUAUCUCCUCAUUGAUGUUUCAAUACUUGACGGAUUUUUGUAUGAAAAGUUUGAUUGGGAGGUGGUCAGCAUUUGGAGAUUGGAGGGUUCCCCAAGAACUCUGAGAUUUUUCGUUGCUCGUUCUCUCCUCCGCAAACAUGCAUUCUACUUUUCAAUUUCAGAAGAAACGAAUGAAUGCAUUAUGCAAGUGGUUUCUGUGGGCGUGAAGAUUCGUUUAUUUAAGUUGUUUUAUUCAACUUUGAAGGUGGGGUGGGGUCUCUUUGUUGGUGAUUGGAUAAGAGUCCCGCUUCAUGUACACGCAGGGUUACAUGCCGAUGCCGGUCAAAUUGUCUGUAUACAGACAAUUUAACGGCUAGAUAGACAAUUUGACCGGUGUUGAUGAAAAUCGAUUUCCAUACAGACAAAAUAUAAAAAGUUGUAUGUAUCACAAACAUUUUAAACUUGAAUUUUUCAUAAAGUGUCUGUAAUACAGACAGUUUUUUUUAUUUGUCUGUGUGAAAAUCGUUUUUUUUUUCAUAAAUUGCCGCUCAAUAUGUUUGUGCAGUCGAUCAAAUUGUCUGUACACAGAUAAUUUGACAGACGUGUAACCGGCAUGUAAAAUUUGGCGUUCGUUUAUUUGUAAUAAUUGUAUUAGUUGAGGACAAAGAUCUUUAAGAGUGAGUCAUCGCUUUCAUUGGGAUGGCAACUUACCUCCUGCUGCUUGAACCAACUGAUUGCCUUCCUUUGGAAAAAUUAUCAUAGAAUGUUACGUACUUGACAACUAUACCCUUUAGGGGUGGACCUGAGCCGGGCUGCUUCCGGCCCGGGCACAGUGGUGGAUCUACAUUUUGAACUUUGAGUGCUCAAUUUUUUUUAAUUAAAAUUUG